AUGGAGACAAAUAGUCUGCCCUGGGAUCGACGGUCAUCCGUUUCCACUGCUCAAACCCUACCUCCGUUGGCAAACAUCACGGGCAAGCCAUCGUCUGCAAACAGUCACUCACCUUCCCUCAGUCAGCAGUCUGGAGACCUUCGAGAUUCCGGCAACUGGUCGAUGGCCUCAACGAGAGUCAGCAAUAUUUCCGAAUCAUUUUCACCACAAUUGACACUCCCUCCAAUUGAUGCCCAUGGCCCCUCGCGUCAACAUUCACAAGAGAAUAAUGGCGCUCCUUCAUUCAGUUACAACCACUCCCCGACCGGUAGCACGUUUACCACCUCAAACACUAGUUUGCACCACACAACCCCCCCUGGUACAAUGUCGCAAGAUGGGGCACUCCCUACACCUUCGCCGUCUGCCUCGCGACGAAGUAGCUUCGAUAGUCGACUAAGCAACCUUCAGCUUUCGUCUCCAAUAAACGGUACGCCUGCAGCUAGCCAGGUCAGUUUGGCGAGCACUUUACAGCGCGAAAGAGGAAUUCAAACUCGAACUGCUCCUCCAAUCGGCGCAUCGAGGUUUUCUUACAACCAAGGCCAAGUCCCUCACCCAAACGCUCCAUCACCAACAAAGGGUUUCCCAUAUGCUUUCCCCGAUCCUGACCUUGCGCCACCAGGCCGAACUACAAGUCGUGAGGGGAUUACCCCGGGAAGAAUCAGCACUGGAAGUUUGCCUGGUUCUGCGGCAAGUAGCAUCUAUAGCUCAAACUCAUUACGCCCUGGCCAUCAUUCCCAUAUGAGUACGGACAAUAGCUCCACAGCUAUCGCAUAUUCCAACAACCAAUAUCAGACAGGUAUGAAUGGCAACCAUCACCACCAUCAUCAUCUUCAGCAAGAUCGGAAAUCAAGCCUAGGUCCAAGUGAGGCCGGCUCCUUGACCGCUACACCAUAUUCAAGGACGCCCGAAUUGAGGGUCAGCCACAAGUUGGCGGAACGGAAGCGAAGAAAGGAAAUGAAAGACUUGUUUGACGAAUUGCGGGAUCAGUUGCCUGCAGAAAGGGGUGGGAAAAGUAGCAAGUGGGAGGUUCUAACAAAAGCGAUUGAAUAUAUCAAUCAAUUAAAGCAAAACCAGGAUAAUAUGGGUCGCACCAUUGAGCAGCUUCAGCACGAAGUUGAAACACUUCGAAAUGAAAACCACAUGCGCCUCGAAAUGCAGGAGAACCUUCGGAUUGAAUCGGCCCAAAGUUUUCAUCACCCAUCACAGCCCAAUGCAUACCAUCCGCAAACUCACCAUGCAGCACACAAUAGUGUCAGUAAUGGACCAGGGCGAAUGCAAGGCAUUGAACGAUGCUAA